CUGAUCUGAUCGUAACCCGACCGGAAGGGCUAUACAUAUUGCGAUCCACCUCACGGGCUCUCAUCAUCGAUCGCAAUCGCUUUCUGAUUUCGCAGACGAAAUCCCUCUUCCGCAGCAAAUCGCCUCGUCAAGAUGCAGAUCUUUGCUGGGAAGCAGCUUGAGGACGGCCGCACCCUUGCUGACUACAACAUCCAAAAGGAGUCCACCCUCCACCUCGUCCUGCGCCUCCGCGGUGGCAUGCAGAUCUUUGUGAAGACCCUCACUGAAUGCACAAUUGAAGAUGGGAUGUCUUGUGAGAUUCACCCUUCAAAGAUUCCCAAAAGGUACAACAGGUAUAUCUUACAAGCCUCUGCGUCUUAUCUGAAUGCUGAUCACUCAAUCAUCUUCUCGGUUGAACAGUUUGUACAUCAUGUUAGUGUAAGUGCAUUCUUCAUUCUUGUGAAUGCUAAAUUUUCUUCUUAUAUUGACAGUUAUGUUCCUUGUGUCUUGCAUUGUUCCUGUUGUAGUUGUAAAUUGUUAACCCCUGUCUCAUAACCAGUCUGUGACCUUCCAUGGAAAUAACUGAACCUGCAGGUGUUAACAAUUCGUGAAAAUUUGUUAUGGCACGAAUUCUCUUGUACACACUAACUAGUGUUGAGUGAAGCAGUCAUUUCAAGCCACGAUAGGUCAACUGAACAAGUAUGUAUGAUCUGUUAAGGGCUUAGACUCAGAAGCCAUCACGUUUCAGUUACUCAACAAACAGUAGAAUACAUUGUUCAAUUCAUGUGCUAGUAAUCACCAGACAGCUGAUAGUUUCUUGACUUAAUUUCACUUGUGAUGGUUUAACCGCAAAUCAAACUAAAGUUUGUUUAAAAUAUGGUGAACUUGCUUAUAUUUGUCAAAGAUGACAUUUCAUCAGUAGAAGAUGGUUGUAUAGUCUGACUGAUACACCAAGUUUGCCAAUCAUGACAGGGCAUAACUUAUGCAUGAUUUGUUACACAAGUCUCUAUGCAUUGUUAGUCUUUGGGCUUGAAGUAGUGGUGUCUAUAUAACAUGCUCAAUCUUUCUUGAGUUACAUAUACGUUUGACUAGACCUAAGCUUUUUUUCAAAGCAAAGCAGUAUUUCUGUAUACCAACUUGAUAAGCUUAAUGAUCAAAUAGCACUGAUCUUAUCCUGGCUCUCUCUGUUUUUUUUUACUUGGGUUUGCUCCUGUGAGAUGAACACAAUCAGCAUGAACUUGAAAUACGUUUUGCUCCAUUUAUUUGGAAAAAGAAAAUAUUUGUUCGUCAAUGCAUUUGUGUUCCAAUAUAUUUUUGCUGAUAUAUUGUUGUUUGGUUAGGAGUUGAUAAUCCAAUAGACAUAUGUUCUUGGUAUUCAGAAUUGGAAGGAUUCCUACUAGUAAAAAGUAUCUGCCCAUAUUGAACAAAUUAAUUCCUUUAAACUAGUAAGGAGAUAAAAGUUCCCUUUUUUAUUUCCUCUCCCUUUGCGUGCAUAAUUUUAUUCAAAACAAAUAACGAAAGGAUAUAGUGAGAACCUAAAGUCUACUUUCCUUGAGCAAAUCCAUAAACUCGACCCACUGAAAAAAGGGUUCAGUGGAUAAACGUAUGCUUAAAUUUCAGUACCUAAAGCUUCAACCAUGUUCCAGUGUUUUUUCAACAUAUAUGUAUACAUUAAUAAGAGGAGCAUGCGAUCAUUUAUAUGUUUGUGGAAAAGGUCCUGUGAGUCCCAUAACCAUCCUCCCCCCCCCCCCCCCCCCCCCAUUUUGUGAAAUGAAUAAUUUUUCCUAUUUCCCACCUCUUGUACUAAUAUUUUUAAAUAUUUCAUAACCAUCAGAAUACCGUUUUUCACUAUGGAAUUGGAGAUCGGAAUCAAUCUACCCCCCCCCCCAACCACACACACACACACACAGAGAAAAAGAAAGAAAAUCAAAUAUAUUAAACUAGAAACACAUAUGGGAUCACAGCUAGCAGCUUAGAGUUCAAGGCUUUGAUGUGGCACUUUUUAGCAACACGUUGUACUCUGCAUCAUCUUGAGAGUGUUGAUUACACAAGCGCACUGGCACGAAGAAUCUCCACCCCAGAACUAACACUGUCGACGACGCAUAAUUUGUAACCGGUAAACUUGCAUCCCUUCAGUUAUGGGAUUCAUGUGCUUAUUACUGAAUGUAAUAUGCUCCACCUGAUCCAAGACUUGCGCAUAUUGCUCAGGUCCUAUGCAUGAACACAUGCCAUAGGGCUCCUGAAAUACCGAUCCCUAGGCACAUGACUAACUCCUGGGCCAUAUGCUGACUUCAUCAUAUAAGAAUAGAAUGCAGCCUCAAGGGCAUCUGGGCUUCUGGAGCCACUACACUAAUACUGAAGAAAAUGGCUGGCUCACUACCAUUUAUGUACAACCUAAGCAACUGAACUAUAAAGCAGGCUGAAAGUUCAAGCUCACCUCAAAAUCAGCAAGAAUCUCUCAUCAAUCAUCAUGCCUAGUCGCUUUGCAUCGUUGCACAGCAUGGUUUUCAGACUCCUCUUUGGAUUUGUCCUUCCUCUCUUCCUACAAUCUUCAUCGGUGCUAUCCAAUCCACUAGUAUUAGGACUACAAUCCACAUCAUCAGGGCUACCCAAUCCAUCAGGGCUGAGGGUUGGCUUCUACCGGUACACAUGUCCGAAUGCGGAGGCCAUUGUUCGUGAUGAAAUGACCAAGACCAUCUCUCAAGUCCCAAGCCUCGCUGGCCCGCUGCUCCGGAUGCAUUUCCACGACUGCUUUGUGAAUGGUUGUGAUGGUUCUAUUCUUCUGAAUAGCCUAGGGGGGUUACCAUCCGAGAAGGAGGCGAUACCGAACCUCAGCCUGCGAGGCUUUGGCACGAUCGAUCGUGUCAAGGCGAAGCUGGAGCGGGCCUGCCCUGGAGUGGUGUCCUGUGCUGAUAUCCUGGCUUUGGUAGCAAGGGAUGUCGUUGUAUUGACGAAAGGGCCUCACUGGGAUGUUCCAACUGGGCGGAGAGAUGGGAGGAGAUCGGUGAAGCAAGAUGCCUUGGACAACCUCCCUCCGCCCUUCUUUGAUGCCGGUCGGAACCUGUACCAGUUCUUCAUCCCCAAGGGCCUUGACGCAAAGGAUCAGGUGGUUCUGCUAGGGGGGCACACACUGGGGACCUCCCACUGCUCGGAAUUCGCCGACCGGCUGCACAACUUCAACGGCACGAUGAUGCCAGACCCGUCCCUGGACAGGCGCUACGUCCCGCGGCUGAAGAGCAAGUGCAGAAGCCCCGGCGACACGACGACGCUGGUGGAGAUGGACCCGGGCAGCUUCCGGACCUUCGACGCGAGCUACUACAGGCACGUCGCCAGGGGCAGGUCCCUCUUCACCUCCGACCAGACGCUCAUGAACGACCCCUCCGCCAGGGCCUACGUCCGGCGGCAGGCCGCCGUGGCCGACGCCGGCGCCUACCCGGCCGAGUUUUUUGCCGACUUCGCGGCGUCCAUGGUGAGGAUGGGCGGCGUGCAGGUGCUCACCGGCGCGCAGGGGGAGGUCCGGAGGCACUGCGCGUUUGUGAACUAGGAGAUGCGUGUACAGCCCUGGUCCGGUGAUUCGUGUGCUGAAUUGUGAGGAGGAUUGUUUGAUUAGUGGUUAAUUUUACUGCAUGCGUGUAGAAAGAUUAUUACCAUGUUCAGUUUACAGGGUGUGAGUGCGUCACGUGUUCAGUUCAUUUGUAAUAUUUUCAUGACAUCAAAUAAGCAGCUUUUGGUUAAUUCAGUGAUGAAGUAAUGACGUUUUGGUGCC